UGCCGCGUUACCGCAGUUGCCGCCAGUCGGGCAGUUGUAGUUGAUCUUCGUUGCGUCUGCGUACCUGACUCGGUGUCCCCGUGGCUUGAAAUCGGUUUUAGAAUCGUGUUUAAAUCUCGACGAUAAUCCGCCGACCGAUGCGACGGACAGCGUCGCGUUAAGAUUCCGGAAUCAGGACCGUUUAGCGGCGAGGAGCGAGCUGACAGGGCAGGGAGAAAAGACGCGGUUAACCAGCGUCGGUGUUGACUACUAUCGGGAGAAUAUCCGAGUUCCGUUGGGUCGCAUCUCAUCUCCGAGUUUAACACACGCGCGUCGAAUUGCACUUUAAUAAUGUGCGAGGGUGAGGUUUUGACCAAGGGAAUAUACGUCGACGGUUGUGACACGCCGAGCUGGAGGAUUCUUCCGUGUUGACGCGGCAUCGCGUCGGUGUUGCGAGGGAUAAUAUAUUAACCCACGGGCAAAACAAUACCCGCCGGAGCUCGAAACUGACCACCACCACUGUCUCUGCCGCCCACUCGAGAUCGGAACCUCUGGAAACCAACGGAAUGUAGCACGAGGGGUUAACGAAACGAGCUGGUAUGCUGGCAACUGACUGGCCCAGGGCGAGGCUAGACAGGACUACGUACGCGAGGAUCGCGUACCCUGGAGGAUCGCUACGGGAAGGGCGAGGAAGAGGAACAGGAAGAGGAGGAGGAGGAAGCGGUGGCGGCGGCGGUGGUGGAGGAGGAAGAGGAGGAAGAGGAGGAAGGCGAAGGAGAGAAGGGGGCUCGAACGACCUUGUGCAGGCGACGAGGAAGAGGCUGCGGGGCAGAGAAGCAGGGGUAAAAGCGAGCCGGGAUCUUGGAGCGUGGUGAAAAGUGACAGUGAGCCAGAGGAAGACGCCGGCCGCGGAAGAAGAAGAGAGGAAUAAGAAGAAGACUAAGAAGAAGAAGAAGACGAAGAAGAAGAAGAAGAAGAAGAAGAAGAAGAAGAGCAGCGAAUUAGCCGAAAGUGGUUGAGCACGCAAGGUCUGUGGCGGCCUGUCCCUUUAUUGCCGCUCAGCGUUCUUCCACGCACCACGUCGGCACCGAAAACAACCGGUCGUUGCAGAGGUCUACGGCAAAGAUGAAAGUAACGAUCCGCAGAAUUACCACCGGCGAGCAAUAACUCGACAAAUAACGUAACGUAAGGUAGCGUUAAUUAGAGACGGAAUUAACCGUCCCCCCCUCUCUCCUCGGGUGUUAUGAUAAACGCGAUUCGCGUUGCGCAUCCUUCCGCGCGAUCCAGAUCCCAUGGAUGCGCUUUACUCAUAUUUGAUAUUGAAAUGAUGGAGCUGAUGUGCAGCAACUCUCUUAGCCCCGGCACGUAGACAACUCGUAAAAGAGUCUUCGUCGCUCCUCUCGGGUCCAAAGAUACCCUGAAAUAAUAGGCACGAUUUGGCGUUCGGUGCGGGUGGUGGGCGGUGGAGGAGGGGGGGAGGGGGAGGAGGAAGAGGAGGAAGACGAGGAGAGAUUGGCAAAGCUUUAAUCGCCAAGUAAACUGGUGGAAAAUUCUUCUCUUCCGAUCAUCGUCACUGCACUGCAUCCAAGCCGAAAUGUGAAGAAAACCGGAGGAGCACGGCUAAAAACGAAAGGGACCAGCUCCGUAAUUAGCCCAAGGUCAGAGUUGGCCAGUAAUGCUGAAGCACAUACUGACCGGGCAGCCGGCAACGGCCUCCAGGCACCAAACGAGCAGCAAUGACCACUAUUCACCGGGCGGUCUUCAGGCCCUCGCGGCGAACGGGUCAGCCAUCCACCAGCAUCAGCACCAGCAUCAGCACCUUCACCAGGACCAGCAGCACCUCCACCAUACGCAUCAUCAGCAUCGGGUCGGAGGUACGAUCGGGACGCGGGGCGGAAGCGUCGACGCUUACGACUCGAUCGGCGGUAAUUCGUCGUCCCUGCACAACAUCCGGUCAACUGGUAAUCCGGGUGCGGUGACGACGACGCCGUCCUCGAGCCAUCAUCAUCCACUGAAUCACUCACAGCUAAGCGUAAACAACUUGUCCCAGAGGCUUAACCACUCCCACGGACUGAACCUGUCCACCUUGUCGACCUCGAAGCACUCCGUGGACAGCGCGAGUCCCGUAGUUGGCGCCAACGCGUCUAACUCCCUGCACCACCAGAUUCAUCAUCACCCCGUCGGUGGUACGGGACACCAGAUAUCGUCCUCGGUAGACAGGCCCGACGGCGAACCCAGGCCCAAGGUCAACGGUGGCCUCGACAUCACGAGGCUUUCCCGCAUACCCAGUCACGCCACCCCUUCGCCCGCCCCCGCGCCUUCAUCGACAUCCGGUGCUCUGCCGCCUCUCGCCAAUUCCGGACCGAGCAUCGUUCCCCUCAACGCCUCCAUCACUUCGUCCUUCUCACAGCACAACAGGCAUCAUCAGGCUGCCGGGGUCAAGGAGAUGCUCACGUCGCUUGGGCUACUGUGUCUCGUGUCACUUUUACUCGCCCUUCUUUCGCUCAUAUUUUUACUCAAGAUAUCACCACUCACGGAAUCACCGAGCAGUCUCAUCGGCCACGACGAAUCCGUCGUAGUAUACGAAGUCACCCUUGCUCUCUGCGCUCUGGCACUUUCCCUCAACCUUUGCUGUCUACUCGUCUGCGCCAUUCAAUUUCUUUUCGCUGUAAAACUCGUCAAGUCCUCGUAUCAAGGGAGCCGGACGAAUAAGUACCUGCAAAAGUCCUCGAUAAGCCGAGUCUGCGCUGUCGGAGGAUUUUUUAUCAGUAUACCUGUAUUUUUGACUGGUAUGAUACUGUAUACGUUUGUACAGUUUCAUUCGACACCAGCGAUAGUAACGUCGGUGUUUAUCGGUCUUGGUAUAAUAUUCUGCGGCUGUGCAAUGGUCCAUAACGUCUUCGUGUGGCAGAGGGAGAAGACGAACGCGAUCAAAGCGUUGGCCCGCGAACAGUGUGAGGCGGCUGCACAGCUGCAGAGGCAACAAAUCCAGCAGCAGCAACAGCUACAGCAGCAACAUCAGCAUCACCAGCAUCACCAGAAGCAUCAUCAGCAUCAGGGACAGAGUCAGCAUCACAGUCAAAGGGGGACUUUGAACCAGUCGGCUUUGAGUUCGGGGAGCCGAGGGGGCCAGAAAACGGUCGCAAUCCCGCAGACUCACUCGACGGCCACGCUGCCCGGCACACACGGGAGCCGAGGUCAUCCCUAUCACCCCCAUAACCAUCACCAUGCCUCGGUUACGCCCGCGGGGGCGCAGAGUCACCUUCAACAGAUCGUCGCCGGCUCCCACAGGAACAUAGCCACGCCCCCGACCCCCGGGAACCUCUCGCCACCAAGUCCGAGCCACAAACACAACAGGUCGCACGUUCUGGCGAGGGAUGUCAGCGGUAGUGUCAGCCCCGGUCUUCCUACCGCGACCCUUGACCUCAGCAGCGCGGCGAACACGAACAGUCCUCACGAGCUGUCGACUCUCGUGUAGUAACGAAAUCGAACGCGCCUUGAAAUUUGACAAGGUUUUUUUUUGUUUUUUUUUCUCGUUUUUGUCUGAGAACGGCGUACGGAAACGAUAAUACGUAAUUGAUUGAUUCGGUCGUUGAGAACUCGGUAAAUGCCAUUUCGAGAUACUUUUUUUUCUUUUUUUUUGUUCGUGCAGCGCAAUGGUUACCGUUAGAAAUUUUUUUGUUCUACUCAAUACCGAGGGAAAAUUUUAUACAACGAAUUUUAAUCGAAACAAAGACAAAGAAUUUCGCAAAAUUGAUUACGAGUCUAUAUUGAAAUCUUACACGAUGCUAGUUUGUUAACUCUAACUGAGUGGUGAAAAUUGUAGUUUUUGGAAAUGGAAAAUUUGCUACCUAAAUGUGCAAGAAGUGUGAAUGAAGAAUUAAUGCAACCGAAUUUUUAUUGGUAAACAAUAAACAUUUUUUUUUUUUAUAUAAUUUAGAACGAAAAUCUUAACUGAUUUAUUUCACUGAUACAGUUUUUUGGCAGCAUUUAUAAUAUUACUACGGAAGAGAGCUGAUUAACCUUGACGAGUGGCUAUCGUAAGAGUCGCGUUUUGGUAUAGCGUUUUCCGAGUGAAUAUAGGUUGAUUAAUUAUUAUUUUUCAAUGUACAAAACCAUUUGAAAGCAAGAGUGAAAGAUGAACGAAAUGACAGUUUACUCAUUCGUCUAGUUGAAUCGAUCAAUUAUUUUUAUGUAACACUGGUAUGGCUUACGCAUCGUUCUUUGUCUGCGUUCCGAGCGUAAAGUAAUCGUUUUAGCUACAGUACAAGACAAAGCUUUGCAGCACGUAAAAGUGCACUUUCACGUACUAGUACUUAAAAGUGCUCUUUAUUGUACUCCGUUAAAGAAAAGAACUUGCAAACCACACUCUUGUUACAUAAAGUAUCGUAGGCACCAUGGAGGCAAAGUCUUUUUCAACUUGCGUAUUUGGAAUAUACGUCUUCGGCUUGCGAACGCGUUCGCAUACGAUUCAUAUUGCAAACUUACGCUCAGCGUAAAAAGACCUACUUUGCCUCCUUAGUGUACAAUCUACUAUUAUCUGUGCGGGUGUCUCUCACGAGGAAUUCUAUUUUAGACACGCUGCAAGUACAUUUCGGCUAAGUUGUUUGCCUGCGAGCUAUUAAACCAUGAUACAGUUGAACCUCUUAAGACCAAGGAAUUGUACUGUGGUUACGGGGUAUUUCAUGGAAUCUGGUAGAAUCUGAAAAACUUGUAACUAUCGGGGAAUUUUUCAUUUUAUGAAAAAAUCUAGAAUUGUUACAUUUUUCGAACGGUAAAAUAUUUUUUUCUCUAAAUUCCAGUAGAUACCCUCAGUGAAUUUCUGUAUUUGUAAUAUCAAUACACCGUUCUUGAUGUUAAUUUGUGAUUUAUGAGUGUUAUAUCGGAGUGUUCAGAAAAUUUGAAAACCCGUUGAACUUGUGAAAUACCGUGAAACUCAGUUUCGAAUGGUUUUUGGAUCAUCGAUUUAAUUGGAAUUGAAAUGGAAUAUCCCUAUGUAAAAUAUCAACAAAUUCAGAAAAUUCUCAACAUGCUGAAAGCUUGCAAUGAUCAUUUGGUAGUCAUUUUCAUAACUUGCGUUUAUUUUUCAACUUUAUAUCUUUGCACCUCCCUGGAGUUACUAGAGAAUUAAUAAAGCUCAAAUAAAAUGCUCGCAACAUAAUAAAUUGUAUAUCUAAUUGCAUCUAUCGUUGUUGAAUGUUCUUCCUGGAUUUCGAGAGAUUUCGAUGAAGAAUGUCAAGUCCUGCCAGUCUUAGGAAAAUCGUUUCUACUUUGACUGCAUCAAUGAACAGUAGUCGCGGCGUAUUACGGAUUCAGACUUUCACCUAAUUAUACUUCGAAAGCGUUGAAUGAAUUGGUGCAGCCACACUGCGUACGUUAUCAAAAAAUUCCCGCAAGAGAAACGCCAGUGUCUUCUAAACGUCUCUCAUGCACGUAUUAAAGUGUAUAUAUAACCAUAUUACUUGCGUACUUUAGUAUUUGUAGUAUAGUAUACAUAGAUUUAGGAACUUGAGCCGUGUCUUGCGAUCUAUCGCGUGUCUAUUUUUGUUACACGUUACUUGAAUGCCAUUAUUGUAGAUAUAUACAUAUUUAAGACAAUCGUAAAUAGAAAUAUAAAUACAAACGAUCAUUGCCACGAAUCAAAAAAAAAAAAAUUAUCGAAAACCUAAAAACGCGAAUUGAAUUAUUUGCUCGCACGUUGUCGGCGUGCAGACGAUAUAUCGAGAGACCCACAAUUAAAUGUGGGAAAAACAGUCAGUGCCUUAGUAAUACAAGUUUGACCUAAAGUUUUGUUCGACACAAACGUUCAAAUACAAGCCGUAAAAUGAGCGUCAAAAUCGAACGGAAGGUUAUUGGGGGCAUUAGAAUUUUUAUCUCUUUUUUUAUGUAUAAAAAAAGACUUUUUAAUGUGCUCCAUUCAUGAAUUAAACGUUGCCUGCUGUAUAAAAAAACACUUUGAGGGUACUACGAUUACCGUUUUCCUCGAUAAAAGUGAUCGAAUACGGCAGUUUCUCUGCAAUGAUGUUAGCAUUUCAAUAUAAGUAAUGAUUACCACUCAAUGAUUAUACGAGAGCGAGAAUCGUAGUAACAAAACUACAGGCGAUACCGAUCAUUUCCGUGAUUGAAAUGAAUUGCGAAAUUUGUUUCGCGGGAGACUUUUAUUUCCUUUGUCGAAAUGACGGAGUCGCUUGUUUUAUUGUUUAACUUUUUAAGAUUGUUUUCAACUCUUUGCUAACCCUGCAGAACGCAUUUAGAAGCAAAGAGACGAAACUGCGUCAUUAUAUCAGUUUUCAAAUUGUGUAACGAAAGUGUAAAUAUGAGUUUAAGUGCCUUAGGCUUAACGAAGUCCGAUUUAAAUAAUAAUUUUCUGCAAAGGAUAUUUUGGUUCCCAUUUUUUGCUAUAUUUUCGUCUAUUUAUAGUAGUGAACUGGGCAGGGUAAAAACGAAAAACAAAACAAAAAUGAAAAUAUGUAAAUUAUACGAUUAUAACAAAUAGUAACAAACAACCGUAAUAAAAAUACUUAUAACAGUAAUAAAAAUAAUAAUAGUAGAAAUCAUUAAUAUAGGACGUAUACGUUUUGCCAUUCUGUAAGUAGUGUAGUUAUAAUUGAUCUACCUAUAUAUUUAUACAUGUAUGUAGAAUUUAUAUAUUAUAUAGUAAGGAAGGAAAACAAAUAAAGAAUGAAGAAAUAAAUUAUUGGGUCCAUACACACAUUAAUGUACGGUACAAAAGUGUUUUAGCUUUCUGUACUAUAUAUACAAAAUACAUAUAAUAUAAAUGAAAUACAAGUUGAAUUUGUGUAUGUAUACUCAGCUGUAUAAUGUAGUUAAGAGAAAAUAAAUUAUUCUGAAAUUU